AUAAAAAAUACAAAAUGCUAGUUAAAGAGCCGAUUGACUCUUCCAAGGAUGUAGGCAGGGAGGAGCCGCAAGAACGGAUGCCCACUCAGCUGAUGGAUCUGCCAAGCCAUCUUCUCCACAGCAUAAUAUCCAAGGUCGGUUAUCGCCAUCAGAAGCUUCUGCGUCGGGUCUCCAAGGACAUGCGGCAGCUUCACAAUGCCUAUAUUCUGCAUCAUCACGAAACAGUUGUGCGGACCCAUCGGAAAAAGUGCGAGGAGAGUGUAGAUAUUCAGAAGACCAGGACCAUGCUGCAGACCCUUAAGCAUGCCAUCAGCUACUAUCGCAGCAUUGGUUUUGAAAAUUACUACGCCAACAGCCUGCUGCACUUUUACGAAAAUUUAGAGGUGGAGUACGGUGAUGCAGAUGGAGAUCCACAGACCCAGUAUAUGAGUGCUUUCAUCAAACAGUUUCUGGACAGCUUGGAACGGCCAUACGUCCAUCGGGUUCCAGUUAGCAAGAGGCAGAAGUUUCACGAAUUGCGAUUACUCUAUACCUUGUCAUUAUUCAAUCUUUUGCGGCAAUUCCAAAAUUUUCGUAUCGUUGGCUGGGGCAUGAACCUCCUGCACUGGCAGCUUCAGGUCGAGGUGAACGGCAUCUUCAUGGGUGUGGUUGAGGAACGAGAGGUCCGUACUCGCGCUGUAGACCAGAUCAAGCGAAAUGACUUUAUGGCCAUGAUGGCGGAGCUGCUAUAUUACGAGACUCUGCAAAGGAGAUUCUGCGGAUACAAGGACGCGGGCAGCAUUAUCUACUCCUAUGGUGUGCUGAGGCAGCCCUUGACAAAGCGCAGCACUCGCCUGCUCCUCAAGUUCUUUGUGGUGGCCCCGCAGAUUGUCCUUCGUAUUUUGCAGGAUGCUAUAACUGGAAAGUGUGAAAGCCUUUCCCCCAACAGUAUGCCCCAUUGCACGGCGUUCAGUAUGCGUUUGGAGGUGAAUGCCAAACGUAGCUGUCGGUUUCUUGACCUCGGCUCGAUGCACAUUUCCGUUUUGCAGUUUACUGAGCUGGUUUAGAUUAGAUAAUAACUUAAAAAAAUUUCGUAUUGGAUACAAAUUGUGGUCAGCAAAUUUUAGUCAAACAAAAACUAGACAAAUUCUCCAAAAAAACGGCAAUAAAUUUUAUAUUAAUUUUA